AUGGCUUCCUCGCCUGGCGGCUCCACUCUGACCCCAGCCGAGGUGCGCAUGGAACUCCAUGCUCAGAAUCGGGGGAAGCUCGUUCGGUGCCUUCGCCAGCGCCUUGCGGAGUCGUCUCGACCCGUGCACGGAUUUGUCCUCCUGCAGGUGAGUGGUCACCUCAUUUGGUCGUCGAGAUUAUCAUUCCCAGCGUUCUUGUCGUCGGAGAGGUAUUGGGUUGAUCUGUAUACUUACGCUUCAGGGCGGGGAGGAGCAAAACCGAUACUGCACUGAUCAUGCCGAGCUUUUCAGGUAUUCGUUUUCCUCACGAUAGUUCUGCUCUCUUUGGGUGUCAUAAAUGUGGGACUAUCACUAAUUUAUGUGAUAAAAAGCUCAACCCCUCUCUAUUCCUACAGAGUUGGUUUCCACGGGCUUUCUACGUAUCAGGUCAGUUACGCCGUAUAUUCUAUCGUGGGGUGGGGGAAGGAGGAUAGAAUUACGUUCCACAUUCACCGAUCGUCGGCGGAUGAUUGAAACACGCCGAUUGUAUAACCUGAGGCGUCCAGGAUUUUUUUUCUUUCUUUGUUUCUCUCCUUAAACGUUCAUAUGCUUUUAUUUGGAUGUCCGAAAAGUGUAGAAAGAUUGGGGUUUGAGGCUUUUAAAAACUUAAAUAUCAACUAGACCGAAUGUAACCACAAAAUUUUCAGGAUAAGAUAAGAGGAAUUAGUGCACGUUGUGGCUUAUUUUUUGACUCGUUUCCUGUUACAACCUCCAACAAUGUAGCUUACCAUUUUUCUUACUGAAAAAAGAAAAAGAAAAGGCAUAUCAACAGCUCAAAUUGGACGGGACCUAUGAGCUGGACUUAAAAAUAAAUACUAAAACUUUUGAAAAUAAGACAAGAAGAACCAUAUUUUUCUGAAUUUUACUUUCAGUUGAUUGAUCUUGGAAUGUAUCUUGGGCGUGAAAUCCCUUUCUAUCAACAUUUUGUGCCUAGUUUCUCUGUUACGAGUUUUUAAAGUUAAUUUUAGGAUGACUAACAUAUAUUGUAUUAACUUCCUUGUUGAUGUUAUGAUCCAUAGGCAAGAGAGUUAUUUUGCUUACUUAUUUGGAGUGAGGGAACCGGGCUUUUAUGGAGCAAUAGUAAGUUUUUAAUGCGUGUUAUUUGUCUUUUUGCAUAUCUUUGUUGACAGGAUGUGUCUAGUAUAUUCCAAGUUUUUGUUGUUAUGAGUGUUAUGUGACGAUGUGUCUAUAACCUCCUAGGGUCUGUUAUAAAUAACAUAACCCACUCCCUUUGAAAUGUAAGUUUGUGUUCCUUUCGAAUAAGAGAAUACAAAUUUCUCCACGGGUUCUAGCAUCACUAUUCAGCACACCAAAUCUGAUUUUAUCUUCAACAUGUUAUUAGAGUGAAUCCAAGUGCUAUCGCUCCUCUUUUCUUCUUUUGCAAAGUUACAAGUUUUUGAAUCGAUUUGUUGAUGGGAUACCAGAUCUUGUGAAUUUGGUUGUCCUUUCUUACUCUAAGUUGAGUAUUGUUGACGGAAUAUCAGAUCUAGGAAAUCCAGCCAUUUUUUUGUAAUGUCAAAGGUGAGAAAUCUUUCUUCCUGCUCUAUGGGUGAUCCUUCUUCCACAAGGGAUUCUAAUCCUAGUCAUGGUGCUCUGCAACUAUUGGUAGAACUCUUUGCAAUGCAUGCAGAGUCCAAAUUAAUUGGAUACGAUUUGAUCCAAUGUUCGUAAUGUAUUCGAGAGGUUUUGACUAGGAGAGGGAUGUUUCAUCAUGUAGUAGAUGGGAAACUAGAUCCCUCAUCUUGUGAAUUCCGUAGAUGGAGAGAAGAGGAUGCACUAAUCGAGACCUGGAUCUGGGGAACUAUGAGUCCUAAAUUAGUCAUGAUUUUUUCUACUUGGCUAUAGUCAAAAUUUUGUGGGAAACUGUCCGCACAAAAUUCUCACAGAACAAUAGUGAGUCUCUUAUAUAUGAACUAGAGAUAAAAUCUAUGUCUACCAUGAUUGUUUUGCUGGGAAUUUGAAAGGUUUAUUGCAAAAACUUGACUAUUAUCUGUCUUGACACAAACAAACUUGAGGAGAUUGUCAUCCUAUGGAACUUCAUGGAACAAACAGGUGUCUUUUAAUUUCUUUAGGACUUAAUUCUGUUUUUGAUCAUGUUCGACAACAAAUUUUGACCCAUGACAGGAAAUUCGAUCUGGAUUAAGUUAUUUUAACUAUUUUGAAUGAGGUGAGCCGUCGAAAAUUAAUUGUAUCAGUGCCUGAAAUAAAUAACACUACAUUUAUGACUAAAUAGGGAGAAAAUAUGAAGAAAGCCACAUAUCAAAUUCUUAGCCUCAACUAGUCAUGCAAAAAAUCACGUCUGAUUUUUGGGAUAAUCUCUGAUACACAUGUUGCAGAAAACCUCGUCAUACUAGAGAUACGUGUUUUAAACUUCAUGGUAAACCACAAAAUUUUCAGUACUAAAAAACAUGGAAGCCAUGUACAUUUGAUAGAGGAACUACCUACUAAUCAGACUCCUAAUUCGCCACUAGAAUCAUCAAAAUUCUAGCAUCUCUCUUCUCUUCAAAUGGUGAGAUAGAAUGACUUUGAGUUGAAUUGAAAAAAUUGAAGUCAACAAUGUCACAACAAUUAUUGAUUCAGCCUGGUAAGUUCCACUGUUCUUUUGAAAUUAAAGCUUCUUCUAGAGAUCUCUAAUAAUUAGGUAGUGGACUCAUGAGUGAUAGACUAUAUGACGAAUUCUUCUCAUCACUUUAUCAAAUAUAAUACUUGUCCUAGUGAUCAAGAAGUAUCUACUGCUAACUCUUUCCUUCUAAUAAUUGCUGGUAUAGGAGACCUCAAACUUAAAUCCUUUGGAAUCCUUAUCGAUGUACUUCAUGUCCCGAAAUUAUUUACCAAUCUCAUCUCUAUAAAGAGACUUGUGAACAAUUCACCUUAUUGUGCAUUUUUUGAUGAGGAUAUUUGUGUGAUGUUUUAUAAGAUACAACCUUAGAGGAUUAGAGUCACUAUGAAAUAUGGAGGACUCUAUCUCCUAGAAAGACCUAGUCACACAUUUAUGAUGGAAGUAUAUCAAUACUUAGAGCCUCAAAAGGACCUCGUAAAGCAAUUACUCCACCGAAAUGGGCCAUCCUUUCUUUAGAACUUUAAAAUUUCUUUUACUUGAUUUGUUUCAAAAUGUGUCCUUAGACACCCUUAAAUGUGAUGUGUAUGAAUUUUCUAAACACACUCGUGCUUUUUUCAACCACAAGGAGAAAGGAGUGAGAUUUAUUUCUUCUGUAUUCACAAUGACAUUUGGGGACCAUGUCCCAUUAAUGACAUUCAAGGAGAUAAGUGGUUUGUCACCUUUAUAGAUGACUGUACAUGGUGUAUGUAGGUGUUUCUUCUAAAGCAUAAGUUUGAUAUUUGUGAGACCUUAACAUUUUUUUGUGUUAUGAUUAAAAAUUAGUUUGGCACCUAUACAAAGAAAUUUAGAUUUGAUAAUGAAUACUUUAGCCAAAGUUUGGAUUCUUAUUUUCAAAUAGAUGGUAUAAUACACGAAUCCUCGUGUAUAUACUCCACAGCAAAAUGGUUUAGCUGAGAGAAAAAAUCAACGUUUUUUAGGAUUAUCUUGAUCGAUUUUAUUCCAGAGUAAUAUGCCAAAUUUAAUGGGUUGAGUCUGUCUCAACAGCCACAUAUCUUAUCAACCAAUUGCCCACUAGAACCUUUGACUUUUAGAGUCCUUUAGACUCAUUGGCAAUACACAUUCCAAAUAUUCAAAUUAAAACUGUAUUAGAACUUAGUUUGUUUGUUUAUGUUUAUGUUUCCUUUGUUCAUCAUCACAAUCAAACUAAGCCACAAUUAUUUAAAUGCAUAUUUCUUGGAUGUUCUUGUAAUAAAAAAGGUUACAAAUAUGAUGUCCUUUUACUCAAUUUUUUUUUACGUCAAUAGAUGUUAAAUUUCAUAAAUGAGAACGGUACUUUAAAAAUUCUUCAUCUGAUGAUCAAACUUUAUCUUUACAGUUCAUAUUGAUCAUCAUGUUGAUAAUUCAGCUCCUUCAUCCUUUGGUAAUUUGUUUGUUCCCAUUUCAGUCCCUGAAAAGAGUUAAUUAUAUUCUAGAUCUCCAUCCUGAAAAUCUCAGAUUUGGCAUAGUCUACUCGAGGAGAGGAGACAUUCAAGAGUGUACACGAAUCCAAACCUCUGAUUUGACCUUAGAGAAUAUCCAAAACUCAAUACUUAUAGCAUCAGAUGAUUAUGACAUUCCAAAUGAUUAUGACACAUUUCCCAUUGCCUUGAGACAAGCAAUGCGAGAGUGCACAAAGAGACCUCUGUACCUAUCAGACAAUGUUUUAUUCUAUCAUAGACUCUCUUCAUCCUAUCAAUCCUUGUCUCCUUAGAUAGCACUACCAUUCCAAAAAAUAUCUCAAAAGCUUUAUCUAUGACGGAGUAGAAACAAGUUAUGGAUGAUGAAAUGAGAGCCCAAGAAAAAAAAAUCAGGCUUGGAAUCUGGUGGAAUUACCAAUGGAUAAGAGGGCAGUUGGUUAUAAUUGGUUGUAUAUUUACAGAUGUUGACUAUGUAGGGUCAAUGAUUGAUCACAUAUCGACCUCUAGACAUCUCACACUUAUUGGAAGCAACCGUGUUACAUAGAAGAGUAAAAAACAAAAGAUGGUUGCUCGUUCAAGUGCUGAAGCUGAAUUCGAGCACUUACCCAAGGUGUAUGUGAGUUAUUUGGGGUGAAAAAUCUACUUGAUGAUCUACAAAUUUCUCUUACUGGUCCUAUGAAGUUCUUUCUCUUACUUGUGACAAUAAGUAAUCAACAAUUAAUAUUGUGCAUAUCCAGUACAACAUAAUCAUACCAAAUAUGUGGAGGUUGAUUGUCAUUUCAUCACAGAAAAGCUGGAGGAGUGUUGACAGGAUGUGUCUAGUAUAUUCCGAGUUAUGUGAGUGUGUCUAGAACCUUCCAGGGUCUGCUAUAAAUAACAAAUCCCACUAUCUUUGAAAUGUAAUUUUUUGUUUCUUUCGAAUAAGAUAAUAUUUUUUUCUCCAGGGGUUCUGGUGUCACUAUUCAGUGCACUCAACCUGAUUUUAUCUUCAGCAAUCUUCUAUGUUUGCUUUUAUGUUUUCGUCUGAACCUAUCCACUGUCCACUUGAUUAAUCAUGGCACGCUCAACCUUUGUUAUAUCCUAGCUGAUGUUUGAUCUUUGCACUGCAUUACUUAUUUUUUGCUCUUACUUUUUUUUUGGUUCUGCAUUAGACUGAUACCUAGAGAAUUACUUCCAAGUGACUGGUUUUAUUUUCAUUUUUUUUGGUUUUAAAUUAAUGUUAUUUUUUUAUUUUCUUGAAGGAUAUUUCUUCUGGGAAGUCGAUUCUGUUUGCUCCAAGAUUGCCCGAAGAAUAUGCUGUUUGGAUGGGUAAAAUAAAGCCGUUGGCUUACUAUAAGGUCAUCUUAUAUCUGAUAUCGUUCAAUUUAGAUUUUUUUUAAUUUUUUAUUCUCACAUUUUAUAAAAGAUCUGCAGGAAUAUUACAUGGUUGACAUAGUUUUUUAUACGGAUGAAAUCGUGGAAGUGCUUCAGAAUCAUUGUGAGAAUCCAGGGAAGCCUUUAUUGUUUCUCUUGUAUGGUUUGAACACUGAUAGCGGUAAUCACUCCAAGCCUGCAAUGAUAAAGGUAAUUUUCACUAUAACCUUUUUCUUAAGUAACUGUGCUACUAUUCAUUUGUUGAGAUAGAAGGAUGACUCUAAUUCAUUGAUAGAAGGAGAGAGUACACGAUUUGACCCCAUCCUCGCCUCCUCAACUUUGGUAAAGAGAUAUGGACGAAGCAAACACAUCCAGACACCUUAGAAGUUGGGUGAAAAACGGCCUAACCAUGGAGAAAGACUAUAAAGUACUACAUACUUAAGAAUAGAUGUUGAAACAUGAAAAAUAAGAGAAGGGACACUAAGAAUGGUUUGGAACAUGACGUGGACCCUACACAUCUGAGUGAAUUUAAUUUAGAUGGAGAUGCUUUCUGACUAACAUGUCUACAGGGAAAAACAUACUAGUGAUGCUCAACUUCCCAUCCCCUCACAAAAAUCAUUUGAUAUAAUGUCUGAUGUGAUAUAUGCCUUGGAAGAUAACGCUAUGGGAUAGUAGAAAUACGAUAAGAAAUGGUAACCCGAGCUAGUUUAGAUUGAUCAUCAGGAUAAUAGAGACUGCAACACUUAUGCCUUCCACAGAUCUUCGUCAUCUGGAAAAUUUUAAAUACAAUACUAUAUAAAGAAAGUGAGUGAACAAUACAAUGAUUUCGUCAGGUGACUAACAUGGAAGAGAGUGUCAGGGUAUUUGGGAAGAGGAUAGGAUCAGAUAAGAGUGAGGAAAAAUAUGAUAGUUCACCCACCAAAAAAUGAUCUCAUAGAUCAAUCUAGAACUGUGAGUAAUAAGGUGCUAGGAUGAUAAUCGAAAGAAGACAUCAAGUACUUAUCAUGUAAGAUAUGACUCUAUAAUUUUUGACCUAGGAAUUGGGUAAAAGUUAUGAGGGCAGAAUUACUUGACAAUGAUGGAUCAACGACUGUAGAUUGAGAUCUUGAUGGAUUAGCGAAUCUUUCAUUCUCAAUCUUAGAUAGAACUAUUGUAGAUGACGCAGUAGUGUGCUCCACACCGCGGGUCAUAUUAGAUGUCGGGAGACUGUUAACCCAAGUUAUUAUGCCGAUGUUUUUCUCAGUGCUUCUCAGAUAUAUGCCUCAUACGAUCUCAACUCACACAUAUUUGCAUUCCAGCAACUCAAUCACUACGUAGUACUCAUUCCCUGCUACAAUAAUCUCCUUUGUAGUGGAUAUCAGGCUGCCUUUUCAAUUGAAGAUAGUAAUGGAAGCCAUACUUACUUGCUAGUGGUAUGAGAGAACACUAUGAAGUGAUGAAUUGAUUCUUCAGCAAGUAGCUGGAUCUAACCGUGACAAAGUUUGAUGUUCAAACCAAAUAAACUUUUUAAGCUUGACUUUCUUCUGAUGUUGCAUUUGAACAUCCAGAGUGAAUCACUAGAAGAGUUUGAAUUCAUCUCAUAUAUUUUUCAUGUUGAAAGAUACUCAUUUUACAGAUGACUUUUUGUUGAAAGAUGAAAAAUAAUUUCUCGUUAAGUUUAUAAAUUACAGCUAUAUUCUUAUCAUGGAUACAUUCUUAGAAACCAUCCCAAAUAUCCUUUGCAUUUUUCGUUAAAUUAUAUGACCACUUAAACUUUUAUACUAUUUGAAAGUUGUGACAGAACAUAAUAAUAGUAAUAAUAGUAAUAAUAAUAAUAAUCUUUUGGCUAUAUAGUGUACCUAUUAUCCUUAGAAUAAGCUAACCUAUUAAUGGAUGAAAUAAUUUUCAGUGAGCCCCAACAAAAACUCAAAAGGACAGAGUCCACCUGGCAGUUGUGCCCAUUCACGUUAAUGCUUGUUCUACAUCACGAUUUAAUAUUUCCAACAUUACUGCCUUGCCUGACUACAACCUUCUUUCUGAAGGAUGCUUUUGGAUAUCUCAAAAUAUUCAUUUCACAUUUUUGCUAGAUUUCCUCUCUUAAAAGAGAAUUAUGUGUCAUACUGAGUACAUAUGUAAUGAUCUUUCCCUUUUUAAAUGUGUUCAUGUGAUAUUGGACUAAAUUUUUAAAUGUUUUCAUGUGUUCAUGUCAUACUAAAUUUUUGCUUAGUAUUUUUUUUGAUAGACCCUUUUGGUUGGCGUAUGGUUGUAGAUUGGCGAAAGUCGUGUGAUUAAUACACAGUCCUUGGGGGUCACUGGGUCGUGUAUAUUUUAUAUUAAUAUUCUUAUACUGAUAUGUCUUUAUGCAAUAUCAACAGGAGAUGGAAAAGUUUGACACUGAUCUAGACGUGCUUCAUCCUGUCUUAACUGAAUGCCGUGUUCUCAAGUCUGAAAUGGAGAUUGGUCUUAUGCAGUAUGCUAAUGACAUAAGCUCAGAAGCCCAUGUUGAAGUAAAGCAUUCAAAAUUUAGCUGUACAUUUGUAUUAUCUAUCUUUUUUUACCAGAUUAUGCCAAGUAGAUUUCUUUUUACGUUGAAGAGUUCUCUCGUAUUUCUUCAUUUUCUUUCAAUCAUAAUGGUCAUUAAAAAAUUUAUAGCUCUUACAUACGAAAUAUUGCACGUGUUAGAAGAUAAAUUUUAAAGGAAGUUUAGAGGUUUUAGGUACCAGUUUUGUUCUUUCUAUAUGACCAAUUGAGAGUGGUGUUAAUUUCAUAGAAAGUGCCUCAAGAUCCGAGCAUCAGUCAAUCCCCUUUCAAGCGAAGGCUUUAAGGUUGUCUAGAAAAUCAGAUUAAUACGACGUACUAGACUGCUAAUCUUAAUUGGGAAUUAAGAUGAAGUCUAAGCCUUUGUCUACUUCGGAUUUGAUGAGAUCCCUUGGCAUAUGUGAAAUUAGUUGCUUCUAUGGGAGAUUAUUAUCCAAAAUCACACAUUUAGACGUUUUAUAUGAUUGAAAACCACGCACUAAAAAUUAGAUGUUCGCUGUGAUUUUUCUUGACUUUUAGGAGUUUGACCUUCAUGGCUUACAAUUCCCCAUAGAAUUUUAGGUUUUUGUGCAAUGUUAAAGUCCCUUUUUCUGGCGCCAUUAACUUAGACACCAAUUCUGGUCUGCCCAAAAAGCAACUAUCGCUUCAGACGCACGAUCCCAUACAUACUCGCACACAAGUCUACCCUAAAUAAAUUGUGAUCAGAAUCUUGCUUUUGUACUUUCCCAAAAAGAAUUGCGAGCAGGAUCCAUCCCUCUUGUCUACCCCAUACGAGAUAAAAUAACGACUCCACUUUCUGGUAGAAGGACUUAAAGGUAUUCCUUUUUUCCCCUUAACUGAAGUAACAGCAUUCUUCUUAUUUAAAUACUUUUGGAUGAUGACUGAAUUAUUGUCUUCUCAAGAUGCAACAAAAACGAAGUUCCUGGUUUGCUCACACCUGUAUCCUCUUUGGAUGGUUUUUUAUUAGUGAAAUUUACUCCUUGGCUAUCUCAUUCCCACAAUGAUAUCCUUCUUUGCUUCACCCGUGGAUUCACUUCCAGCAUGUUAUGGUUAAAACCUUCUUAUUUUGCAAAAUGGUGGUGUUAUUAAAGCGUCAUCUGGUGAAUUCUUUAGCAUUUUAUUUGCACUGCUACGUAAUUCAUUGUUGCUUAUUCUACUAAGCUAUAUUAAAGUAGAGUUUUUUGUCAUUUCUUGUGGGUUUUAAUCCAACUAACAUAUUUGAAUCAAGGUUAUGAGGAAAGCUAGAGUGGGUAUGAAGGAGUACCAGUUGGAAAGCGUCUUUCUUCAUCAUGUUUACAUGUAUGGUGGUUGCAGGCAUUGCUCAUACACAUGCGUAUGUGCUACUGGAGAAAACAGGUGCGACUUAUUAUCAAUUUGUAUUAUUGUACAGAUUAACAUAUUCAUGAGUAGAGAAUCUUACCUUAGUGAACUAAGUGAUAGAUAGGUCAAUAAGGGAUCCUAAGUGACUUGAUAUGACCCUGUCCAACUGAUACAGUCUGAAUGAGUUUGUCAAUGUUCUCAUACGUGACUUGAUGUUGAAAGGUUUUCAGAAGUAGUUUAAUACUCUAACAGGCUGUGUGCAGCAUAGAGCUAUAAGAGGUGGAGGCAGUUUAGUCCAAAUCUCCUCAGUCCUCUUUUUUUUCUUUUGAGUGUCUGUACUGUCUUGAAUUGGCCAACUUUAUGCUUUUCAAGUACUCAUAAAUUCCGGUCUUCAUUCAAGCAAAAUGUAUUUUCUUUUCUAUGUUACAUGCAUGCACUAUUUCUUCAGAAGUUUCAAUCUAUUUUCAUACUUACAUUUUUAAUGUCCAUUGCAGUGCAGUUCUUCAUUAUGGCCAUGCUGCAGCUCCAAAUGACAAGGUAUUGUCCAUACUAAGAUAUCCAACUAAACCAUCUUGGGCCGUUGUAAAUUGACAUAUUUUGUUGUCUAUUAAAAGCUUCUUGUUCCCUGAAAUUAUGAUACAAUAAUAUAGAUUUUCAAAUCUAUGCUCUGAUUGCUUAACAAAGUCUGAAUCCUUUGAUUUUUCCUCUUUUCAUAUUGAUGAGAGUUUCUGGUGAUACUUUAUUUUCAUGAAGAUAAGGAGUACAUAUCGUAACUGAAGCCAAGGAAAGACCGAAAUUAAUAAAUUAAGAAGGUAAACUAAAACCGGCCUUUUUGAAGAGAGUCAAGAUGUCAUAGAGUAGAAAAGAGGCGUGUAAAAUAAACCAAGUGGGGCUCAGCUUGCAGAACCACUGGGAAGCUCAUAAAUGCUUCCUUUACUCAGAUAACUCGCUCAAGUAAAAUGCAGAAACCAAAAUCGAUGUUAAGUGAACAAUCGUUCCAAAAACUCCGAGAAAGUUUUUAACCCAAAAGUAUCUUUAACUCAGAGGCGUUCAAGAGGGAAAGCAUCUUUAACCAAAAUCGGUCCAUGGGAGACUGCCAUGCAUGUGGCUGUCUCAUUCUUACCUAUCCUCUGCAAGAAACUCUGAGAUAACUUCUUCGACUAGAUGAAAAUCUGUACUUUGUAGCUAUCUAUGGUGAGGUUUUGAACUAUAUCCGAUUCAUAUCGUUCAGCUCAGGUCCUGGCCCGAAUAAAGUCCAAAAAAACAGAGCUUCUGGAUUGUAUCAUUUCAAUGUGUUCUUGUAGAGUUCUUUUAUUUUUUAGACUAGACCCUGUGUUCUAGUUAGCCAAUGCUGGUAUAACGGCAGGUAAGAGCUUCAAAGACCUUCACUGCCCGAAAGCUGUUUGAAUCGCCCACUUGAAUUUUUUUUAGGUCCAAUCGAUAAUAUCCUAUUUCUUGGUCAAAUUUCCUUAGGCUGUAAUCAUAUGGCAACAUUGAGGAAUCGCCCACUUGAAUUUUCAAUUGUCUGAAAGCUGUUUGAAAAGACAACCGUUAAGCAUCACCAUGUGGAGAGAACAAAACGCCUUCUUCUGGAAAAAUUCCGCCCAUCAGCCAAGCUGAUCAUUGGACCUAAAUCUUUUUUGCUUGGACUUUAAUCUGUCAUUUAUGGAGCCCAAACCAUAGGCUUAGGAUCAAGGCCAUCCUAUUUGGUUUCUUGUUGGCUCUAACUUUACGCUAGAUCGAAACUUUUUGGCUCACUUCUGAGUUCGGCCUCAUGACCGCUGGCAGCCAUAGAAACAUGCCAGCACAUCUGGAGAUCUUUAUUUGCCCAGUUGAUUGUUGAUCAUUUGUUUUUGUAUAUCUUUCUUCCCUUUAACUUUAAUCCAUAUAAAAAUUGAGACUAUUAUAUAUCCCUUUCUUAUGCGUAUGUACUUAGACCAAAUUUUAUUUGUAGACUUAUUUGUAGCGGUUGUCAGGUUUGGUUUGUUUCAUUUUUAUCAUAAUUUCAUUCUCUUUUGUGCAGACUUUGAUAGAUGGAGAUAUGGCAUUGUUUGAUAUGGGAGCUGAAUAUCAUUUUUAUGGCGCGGACAUAACAUGCUCUUUUCCUGUAAGCUCGAUUUGGCCUUCCUAGUUUGUCCCAAGUUUACUUUUCCUUGUCAGUCAUCUGGUCUCCUUCCUACUCUUUGUUAAUUUUCUUUUAGAAGAUACCCUGCUGUCUAAGAUUUUUUCCAUUUCAUUUCUUGAAAGGGAAGCAGUCAUGUAGAGGAUCAGCUAGAGGACUCGUUUUAUCCUUGAUUCUGUAGUUUAUUCAAAAGUGUUUUCUAAUCGACGGUAUGGUUAUGAUGAUAUUUUGCAUAUAAUAUGUUGUAAGGAAAGUAUUUUUAUUGAAAAGUCUUUUAUACACUUCUUUCAUGGAAAUCCUCAUUUGAGUUCAAACUCUUGAACUAAAAUUAGUUAAUGUGGAUUAAAUCUCUUGUUAUUUUAUGCUAUGUCACAAUCUUCUGGGUUCUCAUUCUAUUCUUAUGAGUACUAGUGUAACGGACAAUCUGUGUUCCAUAUUAUUUAAACCGCAGUUUUCUCACUGAACACAUUUGAUAUUAAAUGUGUAUCAAAUCCACUGUUGUUCUUGUCUAGUUCUCUAGUUUCAGCUUAUUUCAGCCACCAUAUACAUCUGACAAAUUCCGGAUUCUUAUCCUUGUCAAGAUUUGAGAUCGGGUUGCUUGGGUACAUGAACUAUUUUCCUGUGGCUAGCAGUGAAGCCGGGUCUUACAUUGCUUAGUUACACUGUUCCAGUAGGUUUAAAUAUUUCCUCUUUUGCAGGUCAAUGGAAUAUUUUCAGCAGAUCAACUUCUUGUUUACAACGUGAGUAUUCUAUUAUCCUGUUAUUAAUGGGUAUGCUUUCAGUUGGUAUGCCAUUUCUCUAAGCUUAGACUUGUCUAAAUCAAAAUUAAUUAUUAAAAGGAUCAAUGUCAGGGAAGCUAAGUCAUCAGGAAACAAAAUGUACGUUCUUGAAUAGUUUCCUAUACAAUGGUAAACUAGUAUAGAGAUACGGAGGCAAAAUUAUCCAAAACGUUUUUUUGGUAUAUUCCAAUUGAAGGACGCGGAAAUGGAUGUUGAAACUCUUUGCCUCUGGUAAAUGUGAACGUCAAUUUCACGUUGCGUUUGGGUGAGAUGUUCCCUUAUCAACAAACCUCAAGGACCUGAAAACUUAUGAAAGUUGGGCUGAAGAAAGGAUGGUGUAUCCUUUUAGCUCUAUGAUAUUCUAACUUUGUUAUUUUGAGUGCAGGCCGUCCUUAAGGCUCAUGAUAAUGUUAUAUCAUGCAUGAAGCCUGGUGAUAGCUGGAUCGACAUGCACAAGUAAAUUUGUCAAUUGCAUAGUAAAUUUAUGAAGACAAAUUUCUAUUGCAGCCCUAUUUUUAAAAAUGUUUUCGGACUGUCGUUUAAAAUAUUUUCUUAUUCUUAUUAUUUUUUAAAAAAUUUCACCAAUUACAUCGCCAUCUAUCAAUUUGACUUUGAAAGUAUGCCCAGAUAACUAAAGCAAAUGUGUAUCCGAAUUAUUAUUCAUGGGGAAGUUCUGGCAAAUCAUUGCAUUAUUACUAUUUUUUUGUCCCCCAAAUGCCGGUUUCGAACUAACGAGAACUAUAAUCUCGUUCUUUGUUAGUAGACUCCAAAUAUCCCUUCAUAAACUAUCCCUUAAAUCAGCCAGGAUGCAUAUGCUUAUGGGUGUUGAAGAUAAAAUCAGGUAUGGUGCACUGAGUAGUGAUGCCAGAGUUCGUGGAGAAAAAUAUAUUCUCUUAUUUGAAAGAGCAAAAAAUUACAUUUCAAAGAGAGUGGAGUCUGUUAUUUAAAACAGAUCCCAGAAGGUUCUGGAUUCAUAGUCACGUGACUUGGAAUAUACUGGACACAUCAUGUCAGUACUCAAGGUAGCGAAUGAAUGUCAUCUAUUCCUAACUUGGGAUAAUCUUUUCCAGUUGUGCGCUCAAGAUGCCUUUAGUAAGCGUAUCUAUUCAUUGAUUGUGUGUUGAGAUGUAUGGCAUACAAAUCAAGUUUUCCUCCUACUUUCCUUUGAUGAGAUGACAUUUAGCCUUCACAUGAUAGUACGAUUAUGAUGUACUGGAUUUUGCACAAUAUUGUCACAAAAUAAAACUUCAUAUGAUCAAUAAGAGCAUCAAUAACAUCUCUGGUCCUCUUGAGGCUUUAAGUAUUGAUCUGCUUUCACCUGAAAUGUUUGACUAGGUCCUUCCAGGAGAUAGAGUCCUCCAAGUUUUUUAGUAGUUCAAAUCCUGUGAAAUUUUACUUCACAAGUUUCUUUUACAGAGAUGAGAUUGAUAAAUAAUUUCGGGACAUGAAGUACAUCGAUAAGGAUUCCAAAGGGUUGAAGCUUGAGGUCGCUUAUAUCAGCAACUGUCACUAGUAGAUACUUUUAGGUCACUAGGACAAGGAUUAUAUUUGAUAAUAUGAUGAGAAGAAUUCAUCGUCUGGUUUGCCACUCUUAAGUCUAUUACCCAUUCACUCGAAAUAUCUCUAGAAUAAGUUCUAAUUCCAAGAGACUAAUGGAACUUACUAGGCUGAAUCAAAUAAUUGUUGUUACACCGUUGACUUUAAUUUUGUUAGUUCAACUCAGAGUCGUUCUUUUUCAUCCAUUUGUAGAGAAGAGAGAUGUUAAGAUUUUGACUGUUCUAAUGCCAAACCGGGAGUCUAAUUAGUAGGUAGUUCCACGGUCACAUGUGCAUGACUUUCAUGUUUUUCAGUACUAAAAUUGUGGUCUACCAUGAAGUUUAAUACACCUAUCUCUAGUGUGAUGGGAUUUUCUACAGAAUGUGCACCAGAGAUUAUCUUGAAAAUCAGACUUUUGAUUUUUUUUUCUUGACCAGGUUGAGGCUGUUGAUUUGGAUCUGUAGUUUUCUUCAUAUUUUCUCCUUAUUUAGUCAUAAAUGCAGUGUUAUCUAUCUCAAGACUGAUAACAUUAAUUUAUGAUGGCUCUCCUCAUUCAAAUAAUUGAAAGAGCUUCAUCCAUAUUAUAUUUCCUCUCACAGCCCAAAAUUUGUUGUCUAACAUGAUCAAAAAUAAAAUUAAGUCUUGCAAGAAAUUUAAAGACUCUUCUUUGUUCUAUAAAGUUUUGUAAGACAGUAAUCUACUCAUGUUUUUCUGUGUCAAGACUGAGAUAAUAGUCAAGCUCUUGCGAUAAACUUUUCAAUUCGCCAGCAUAUUCAAUCGUGAAUUUAUUACCUUGAAUUAUAGACAUGAAUUUUGUCUCUAAUUCAUAUAUAUAAGCCUCAUCAUUUUUCCGUGAUAAUUUCGCAUGGAAAAUUUCCCACAAAUUCUUGACUGUAGCUAAGAAGAAAAAAUUAUGACUAAUUUCGGAAAUCAUAGUUCCCCAGGUCCAAGUCUUCAUUAGUGCAUCCUCCUCUCUUCAUUUACAGUUCUCACGUGUUUUUUUUCCAUCUACCAGGUGAUGUAAACAUCCCUCUCCUAGUCAGAAUCUCUUAAAUGUAUUCUGACCAUUGGAUCUAAUUGUAACCUAGUGGGGUCUUGGAACUUUCUAUACAUAGUCACAUAACUCGAAAAUAUACUAAACACAUGCCGUCCACAAUGGGCCAUAAUUUUUCUUCUUCUAUGUGAUCUAUUGAAUGAGUGAUGACAUCUCUAGUGUAGUGAAAGCAUCAAUAACAUUUACUUUGGGAGGUGGGUGAAAUGUGCACCGUUUUUUAUUUUUGCUACAAUCUUCCUGCUGUUAGUUUCCUUGAUAGAAACUCAUUGGGGUUGGUACUCUCAACCAAUGUUGCAGAUUAGCAGAGAGAACCAUUCUUGAGUCACUGAAGGAAGGUGGGCUUAUUCAGGGGUAGGUUUGUGUUAAAUGAUUCCAUCGCUGCAACAGUUUCUGAAAUUCAACUUUGAUGGAAAUUUUAUUUGCACUUGGAUUUGGUUCAGUGAUGUUGAUGACAUGAUGGUUGGAAGACUGGGUGCUGUGUUCAUGCCACAUGGUCUUGGCCACCUCAUUGGAAUCGACACACAUGAUCCUGGGGGCUACCCAAAGGUCCCCACAACCUUAUUUCCCUGAAUCUGGCUCCCAAAAAAUUCUGUGUUUCAAAAUUGUUCUUUCGAAUAGCGAUUAAUAAUGUCCUAAUCUAGGGAUUGGAGCGCCCCAAAGAGCCGGGACUAAAGUCCUUGAGGACAACGAGGACACUGCAAGAGGGCUUGGUUUGUACUGAUCUUCUAAUGCUUGAAAAUCCGUGAAAAAGUCUACAAUCAUGCUUUUUUCUGGUCACAUUUUCACCUGAGACUUCUCAAUCUAUAUCAUCUUAUUUUGUCUGGAUCCAAACGUUUUUGGUAAACCAAAAUGCCCAGAAUCUUAUUAAUAAGAUAAGUAUUAACAUAAUGCAUGAUGCAUCAUUGCACAUUGAUCAUAAUAUAUUUCGGGUAAUAACAUCAUUAUAUAUUGCCUUGUUCUUACACUGCCUUAUUUACAUGCUCAUUUCCUUCUAAUUGAUGCUUCUGCAUAGUGUAUAGUGAUCCAGGUCUCUCAAGACCGAAUGCCACCCUGAAAUUAUGAACAGUGGGAGUAAUGGCUUUUUUGAAGGUGAUCACGGUGGAGCCCGGCUGCUAUUUCAUCGACGCUCUGCUUGUUCCGGCGAUGGAAGAUCCAGACAAAUCGAAGCACUUUAAUUGCAGAGAGAUCAGCAGAUUCAGGGGCUUUGGCGGCGUCAGGAUUGAAAGCAAUGUGGUAUGACGCUGUAACUUCUCCUAAGUCAGCUAGUUCAUCGUCUGCCUGACUUGGAAAAUUGCACUCGUAUGUUCUAACCAUCAGAAAAUGAAGCUUUUGAGUAGGGGUGUUGUGGAGAAAAUCCCCAAAAACUAGGCUCUGGGUCAACCCCUAGGUAAAAGCCCGAGAAAUAUAAUCCGGGCCCGGCCCGAUGAAUCUCGGGCCAGAUUGUUCUUUUUUCUCUUCUGGGCUUGGUUCAUGAAACCAGGCUAAUAUGAUGCAGUGGUUUUAUUAACUGCUGAACUUAUACUACAUAGAACAUAUUAUUAUUCAUAUAUCUCAAGGUCGGUGUGGCCUCUUUUUAUGCUUCCCAGCUCGUCACGGCGGAGGGCUGCAGGAAUCUCACCAACUGCCCUCGGAAGACCUGGGAAAUCGAGGCGGUGAUGGCUGGAGCACCGUGGCCGCCGCCCCCCCCUGCAACCCUCAGUCAGAACGGCGGCUACCGUUGA